AUGCCACUGGAAUUUUUAUUUGGAAAAAAGAAAACUCCCGAAGAGUUAUUGAAGCAAAACCAGCGCGCUUUAAAUAAAGCGAUUCGGGAUUUAGAUCGGGAAAGAGUAAAAUUAGAACAACAAGAGAAGAAAGUCAUUGCUGAUAUUAAAAAGAUGGCGAAGGCUGGACAAAUGGACGCUACCAAAAUCAUGGCCAAAGAUUUAGUUCGAACACGUCGAUAUGUUAAAAAAUUUAUAAUGAUGAAAGCCAAUUUGCAGGCGGUUUCUUUAAAAAUACAGACUCUUCGUUCAACCAAUUCCAUGGCGCAAGCUAUGAAAGGCGUAGCUAAAGCAUUAGGUAGAAUGAAUAAGCAGCUAAACUUGCCACAAAUACAAAAGAUUAUGAUGGAAUUUGAAAAGCAAUCUGAAGUAAUGGAUAUGAAGGAAGAAAUGAUGAAUGACGCUAUCGAUGAUGUUAUAGGCGAUGAAGAGGAUGAUGAAGAAAGCGAUGCUAUAGUGGCUCAAGUUUUUGACGAACUGGGAUUGACGCUUACCGAUCAGCUUGCUGACCUUCCAGCAAGCAGCACUUCCUUGAACUCAGCAUCCCAUGCAGCAAAACAACCGCAGGUUGCUGCUGCUGGUGGUGGUGGCAAUAGUGAUUUAGAUGCAGACCUACAAGCCAGGCUGGACAACCUACGAAGAGAUUAA